UUCGAUGUUUGAUGCUUUCUUAUAUAUUUAUCAAUAUCCUUUUUGGUUUUAUCAAGGAAUUUCCGAUUGAUUUCAAUAUGAUGUCUUUUUGAGGGGAUUGUUGGAUGUUACUGCAUGCCGAUAGGUAGUUUGGAAAUAUCUUUUUGUUUUGAGAGGGUGACAUAAUUUAAGACAAGGAUUUGCAGUUGUAAAUAAGCUCUGUUUAUUUCUUGAGCUGUUCGGUUAUAGCUGCUUCAUUUUAGGUGUUUCUAGAAGUUCUGUGGCAUAUAUACAGAAACUAUUCGACACUCCUAGAAGGCUCAAUAAUGGUUUGCUACUUGAUUUACCGCCAGCUCACACGUUUUACACUAAUUUCGGUUGGUCUGCAGAAUUAAUCUUAAAGUAGACACAUUCAACCAUGUUCACAUGGACACACACAAACUGUUUAUGGCGCGUUGGUGUUUCCUGUGUGAAGAAUAUGUUUGGUGAUUUUGCUCUUCUUCAUAAUGUUGGACAAUUUGGCAAAAUUGAUAGGCUUCUUUGGCUUUCUCCCAUAAAUUGGCUAAAUCGAAAUAUAUGUAGCCUGUGUAACUUAUGUAGUUGAAGCGGUUUCCUUAUUUCUAUGCUUUAUUAUUUAUUCCUUUAUUCCAUAUAUAAUGCAAUGAGAAGUAAACAUAGAAUGUCAAGCUCAUCUGAGUUUCAUUAUUUAAAGAGAGACAUAGAGAACAUAAAUAUGUUGCUCUCUUUACGUGGUGAUUGAUAAAUUGCCUAUCAUGUUUACCUACUACACUUUAGUGUACAUUCCUCUGGGAUGGAAUUUUCUUCUUUUAAGCAUCAUAUAUUUGUAUGUGGGGUGAAGACUCCUCUAAAUAACCCAUGUUUCUUUAUACUUAUGUCUAACCAUCUCCAUUACCUUGGUAAUGGGGGGUGGGAGGUGAAGGAAUGAAAAGGGAUCAUUUUCCUUUGUUUGAAACUUCUAAAAUUGAAGGGAAGGAAACAGAAGGGGAAUAAGCACCCAAAAAAAAAAAUCCCCCUUAAAUAUCCUUACCUUGUUUCCUUCUGAAUUUGUGGGGAUGGCAGUAAAGAGGGAGAAUGAUCCUCCUUUUGAUUUUAAAAACUUGUUGUUUACUAUGAUACCUCAAGCUUAAUAAGGUAAGUUUAUGAUAAUUAUAUUGCAAUUUUCAACUUAUGUUCCCAUUUAUUCUCUCACGAAUCAUUCAAACAAGGGAAAGAUAGCUCUUUCCAACUCCACCCCAAUUCUCUUUUAAUCUUUUAAGCACAACCUUAAUUCUGACAAAAUAUAUUACUUUUCAAUUUGGGCAUGGGGACUCACUUGUGUGCAGAGAUGUAUAAGAAUCAGUUGCAAGAGUUGGCUCAAAGAAGCUGUUUUAAUUUGCCAGCCUAUUCAUGCAUACGUGAAGGCCCAGAUCAUGCUCCUCGAUUCAAAGCAACUGUAAACUUCAAUGGAGAGACAUUUGAGAGCCCAACAUUCUGCUCGACUCUUAGAAAGGCUGAACAUGCAGCAGCUGAGUUAGCUCUAAACAUCCUUGCAAAAGGAGGUCUUUCUGCAUCUUUGGCAGCAAGAGUUCUGGACAAAACAGGAAUAUACAAGAAUUUACUCCAGGAAACUGCUCACAGAGCUGGAUUGAAUCUUCCUGUUUAUACAACUUGUCGAUCUGGACUAGGUCAUGUUCCUAUCUUCUCAAGUACAGUUGAGAUUGCUGGAAUGAAUUUUUCUGGCGAGCCUGCUAGGACCAAGAAACAGGCUCAAAAAAAUGCUGCAAUGGUUGCUUGGACUUCAUUGAGAAAAUUGUCACAGCAUCACUUAUCUCCUCCAACAUUAUUUCCUUCAGAGUCUAAAGGCGAUGAAGAACAGGAACAAGUCAUCAUUGCUCGGGUUCUUGCAAGUUUAAAACCGUGGGAGUCAAAGGACUUCUCAGAAGGUGAUCACCAACAUACACAGCAAAGCCACUCUACAUCUCUGGAAUUGCCAAUGCCAGGCACGUAUCCUGUGCAAUUCCAAAGUUGUGGCCUCUCUGGCUUUUCCCCUGGUGUGUCAAUGUAUCACAUAUGGCAGCAAGAACAAAUUAUACAACAGCAAAAUCACCUCUUGGCGCUAGCCAUUGCACCACCUAUUCCAUCCACACCACAAGGCUUCCCCUUGAUGCAGUCGGUGCUCCAGUCAGACUACUGUCUUCAUAUUCCAGUCAAGGAGUCAGUGUCAGUUCCUGCAGGACCAAGAUUAUACAAUCCUGCAUUAAGCCCUUCAUUUUACUUUUCAAGCUGCAGUGUUUCUGAUCGAAACAGGUCAACAGUAAUCAUUAGAGAGAUUCAUGAGGAAAAGCCAGAAAAUUCAAUAGAGUUUUCUCAAUCUGAAGUUCCUAAUUUCUCAAAUUGCGAUCCAGGUAAUAAAACAAGAGCCCUUAGACCAGCUCUUGAGUAUGAGAGACAAAAGCGAGGUGUGUCUGAAAGCGGAAGUAGAAAUAUUGAGCCACAUAACCCUCCUUAUAUUGACAAUUUUUGCCCCAUACUGAGAGCCUAUCGGAAAGCAAAUGCAAAUAGAAGUUUAAAACCGCCCACAUCUGCAUCUUCAAUGAUCAGAACCAUGGAUCAUGCUUCGUCUGCGGAGCCCAGGUCACAACAGAGAGAACUUCCUCUGUCAGUUUCCUCAGGGAUGAAAACUGGGGUCCGAGGAAUUCCAGCCAUGCCCAUGUCUGCGAGGUUUGAUAUGGUGGGAGCACAGCCUCCUUCUCUAUCCAUGGCACCACCUGUACGAAUCAGAUCUGUUGUGCCUGUCUGCUCAGCUCCACCGAGGAAAGCCAUUGACGAAAUGUCGAAAAGUAAGAAUUAAAAAUUAAAACGCGUUGGCGAAAUGUGUCAAGAAGUUGAUCUGGGGUGCAAUAUCAAAUUAUGAAUGUGUGUGUGUGUGCGCGCAUGCCACAGGCGUUAUAUUCAAAAGCUACCGUGCUUAAUAACGGGUCUGUGCUUUUACACGGACCAAUAAUUAUUUUUCAUGUUCAUUGAUAAAUCUGCAUUUCCUUGAUGCCUUUGUGUGAAAGAAUUGGUGAAAUUCGGGUAAAUCUCUCCUUUGUCUAUAGAGCAUGAGGAAAUGAGAGCAGAUUUUAACCAGAAAAGUGAGUAGUAAAGCAUUGUCAUAUGAUAAAUAAGCACUUGCUGACUAACUUUCUAGUGCAUGACAAAAUACUCGCAACUAAAUUUCUGUUGCAUCUUGUUCAUAUUCACGAAAUUAAGGCCAUGCUUCAGGAAGAUUAAGCUCUCAAGCUGUUGGACGGGUCUUCUCAUUCAAUGGUCAAGAAGUUCCAGUUCUCGAGGCUCGAAGCUUUCUUGAAACAUGACUCCAGGGUUACGCGUGAAAUUUGUUGGGAUAUCCUAAAUUCUGGACUUGGUUAUUUACUUGAUAGAUAAUUGGGGUACUUAUUCAUUUAUGACGAUCCAAAUUUUGACUCGUUGGUGGGGUUGCUUUGUGAAAGUGAUUGACAUAGUUGUUAGAGGGACAUGUGGACAUGAUUGAAAGGUGUUUCGUCGUUUGUUCAUUUGGAGGUUUUUAAUUAAAUUCAAGCAAUUAGUAUUUGUUGGGGGUA